GGAGAAUUCAUUGCACCCCCGCGGAACAAGCUCGCUUUCCUGGUCGGAGUGGGGAUUCCGUCUCUUACCACUGACCAGCUGCUGCCAUUUCCCCCGACUUUCUCUCGGUCAAUCCCUCCCCAUCGUUUUGUCCCCCUCGUUCUUCUGCAACUGUGGUUUCAGCUCUUCUCCUAUGCCCAUGCGUAUCACAUUGACCAAGCCGUCACAAGCUUUCCCGGGAGUAAUUCUCCGAUAGCUGUCAGUUCCCGUCGAAUUGGCCUGCAGAUCGCUUCCGGUUCUGCAGAAGAUAUACUCCGUAUUCCGCAGCAACUGGGAUUCAGCUCGACGAAGGUCACCCGGCAACAAGAACAUACAGAGGCCGAGGAGCACACAUGCUCGCGAGAUUCAACAGACCACAGCGAUUGAUUGUUUCCAUGGUCGUAUACAGUCCUUCAUCUUGUCCGGCCCGACACCAUGUCUGAACCUGGGCAGACAGAGGAGGUCUCGCGAGAGACGUCCGAGCUACAUCUCGACCGAAGCUCCGCGAGUUCGCAUCAAGAUAUUGGAAACCAUACGACUGCCAGGAAUCCGGAGUUUGAGGUUGAUGGGGCUUACGCUCCCAUCACAGGUCGCGUCACGUCACAUGAGAGCCAGAUGCGCCGAGUGCACUCGCGUAGCUACUCCCUGACCGAUGGCUAUAGCUAUAACAUGCCAGACGAUGACGAGGUCGGGAAGGUCCCCAGUCGAAAGGAAGGGCUAGCCGCCGAUGACCCUGAGGCUUUCAUUGUCGGCUGGGACGAGCAUGACCCGAUGAACCCACGCAAUCUCAACACCUUGCGGAGAUGGCUGAUUGUGAUUAUCUGCUCUCUUGGCUCGCUUUGCGUGACCUGCACAUCGUCUAUGUACACUGUCACCUACAGCCAGCUAAUAGAGGAGUUCAACUGCUCUCGUUUGGUCGCAACGCUGGGAUUAUCAUUCUUCAUCUGGGGCCUUGCGGUCGGGCCGCUAUUCCUAGCUCCUUUGUCCGAGUUUUAUGGUCGACGAUAUAUCUACAUCUGCUCAUUCUCAUUCUUCUUGAUCUGGCUCAUACCUUGUGCUGUAGCCCAAAAUAUCCAAACAUUGAUUAUCUGUCGCUUCUUUGGUGGCAUUGCUGGCAGUGCGUUUUUGAGUGUCGCCGGUGGUACUGUAGGCGACUUGUUCGCCCGCCAUGAGCUUAGCGCCCCAAUGAUGCUAUACACCAGCUCUCCCUUCAUAGGACCCGAGCUGGGUCCACUUGUUGGUGGGUUCAUCAACCAAUUUACCAGUUGGCGCUGGACAUUUUAUGUCCUCCUGAUAUGGACAGGCGUUCUGUUGGUUUUGAUUGUUUCCUCUGUCCCGGAAACGUAUCAUCCCGUUUUGCUCAGACACAAAGCCCGGAAAUUGCGCAAAGAGACAGGCGAUGAGAGGUGGCAGGCACCGAUUGAGAAACUGCAACGUUCGGUAGCACAGACAGUCUUGCGGUCUACUUACAGACCCCUGCUCCUGCUGACCCUGGAGCCAAUGUGUUUGAACCUUUGUAUCUUCUCGGCGAUUCUGCUGGGUAUUCUCUAUCUGUUCUUUGGUGCAUUCCAGCUGGUCUUCGAAAAUGUUUAUGGCUUUGAGCUGUGGCAGCGAGGUCUCUGCUUCCUCGGCCUCUUCGUCGGUAUGCUCCUUGCCAUUUUCACGGACCCAUUGUGGCGUCGGAACUAUGUCCGCUUGGAGGAAAAUCACGAGAAGGCAACUGGACAGUUGGAUGACUUCCAGCCGGAAUGGCGGCUCCCACCAGCAAUUGCCGGGGGUCCCCUUGUAACCAUCGGCCUGUUCAUAUUCGCCUGGACAAUUUAUCCCCAUGUGCACUGGAUCGUACCACUCAUCGGCAGUGCCUUCUUUGGAGCAGGGACCAUUCUCGUAUAUUCGGGGAUUUUCACUUUUCUAGUUGACGCAUAUCCGACCUAUGCUGCCAGUGCCCUGGCCGCGAACAGCUUUGCGCGCUCUAUCUUUGGCGGAGUCUUCCCUCUUUUCGGUAUUCAAAUGUACAACAACCUGGGGUAUCACUGGGCAACAUCGCUACUUGCUUUUCUGACCCUGGUUAUGGCACCAUUCCCGUACAUAUUCUAUCUUUAUGGCAACCGCAUUCGGAAGAAGAGCCGAUUUGCUGCAUGAUCGUCCCCACUAUAUCUUCCAAGAUUGUGAAGAUGUAGACAUCGUCUUACCGGGAAGCACUUUGCCGGCUAGAUUUGGCCGAUGCGAGACAAGAUCCAAUGGGUUCUUGGAUGAUGUAUAUG